CGUGUUUUUUUAAUACUGUUUUUUCCUGUGUAGAUUUCUGAUACUUCAAUCCCCCCCCCCCCCCCCGCAAAACAGUUGAAGCCCAUUCUUAAUGGGCUUAUUCAUCAUUUAUGUAAUUCAUUAAUGCUCAUAAAAACCUCACGAGAAAGCAAGUAGUUUGAUUUUAUGUCAGUUUGGAAGCUGAAGAUCUAAACGAGGCAUUCUGUGAGAUCUAUGGAGAGAUUGGUACAAACAUUGAAUACAUGUAAAUUAUACUCAGGGUAGAUCCUAUUUGUGGUUAAAAUAGGGAUAUUUCCUUUUUUUUUUUUUUUUUGACUACCAUGCCAGAAAAAUAGGGAUAUUUCCUUCCCAGAGAUCUGUGUGUCUUUUUUCAGAAACCUCUGUGACAGGCCCAUCAAUUUGGAAAUAUUUGGUUUUUGAGCCUGUCACUCUAAAUUAGUCUUUAACAUUCAAAAGGCAAAUAACUGAUUACCAGGCGGCACAUUGUUCUGCUCCGUGAGUGUCAGGCACUGGGAAGGUGUAGAUUGUCUAGAAUGACGGGGAUUCCGACGCCCCAGUCCUGUGUGAUUGUGGUGAGGGUGCAUCUGCCGUGAGAAUUCCGCGUUCUGAAGAGAGCAAGGAGACUGACCCCGCGUAGUCCAAGCCACUGGCUCCCCUGUUGGUCUUGUGGAGCUUCCCCUGCCCCACUGCUUCCUGCCUGUGUCUUCAGAGCUGCCUCGGACGCAUGCUUGGUCCCCAAGCUCACACUUUCCCUGCGGCUGGGAAGGUAAUUGAAUACUCGAGUUUAAAAGGAAAGCACAUCCUUUUAAACUAAAACGCACCUGCUGGGCUGUAAACAGCUUUUAGUGACAUUACCAUCUAUUCUGAAAAUCUAACAAAGGAGUUAUUUGUGCAGUUGAAAGUAGGAUUUGCCUCAUAAAAGUCACAAUUUGAAUUCAUUUUUACUUUUAAAUCCAGCCAACCUUUUCUGUCUUAAAAGGGGGAUCAAAAAAAAAAAAAAAAAAACCCCAAAACAUUCGCCAGGGUUCUUGCUGCCUCUAACCUCAGGCAGAUGAAUUCCUAGUUGGCUGUGACUUUUGGUUUAAGUAGAAGGUUGAGGAGGAAAAUGAAAUUAAUUCUUUUGUUAUCUAAAGGAAAACAUGUUUGAAAAUGUCUUGGCAGCGUUGGCUGGUGGUGUCUAACGCCAGUUCUGUCUCUGCAGAAUUAAGGUGAAAAGCACCGAAGUUGAGAUCCUAGAGAAGUCUCAAAUUGAAGCCAUUGCCUCCUCGUUAGGGAACGCGAAUCCCCUGAGCUGAAGGAGAAGGAAAAAUGGAUCUGCUUUCUUAAACCUUUCCAGAAUUUGCCCCUAGAACCACUCCUAUUCUUGACGCCCAGAGUGGUCAGUGGUGAGCAUCAAGGUCAUCUCAUUACCUCCGUGGCCUCCAGUACACAAGACGAGGAAGGACUUUGCUGCCAUGAGGGGGAGCCUCACAGAAUGAGGUUCCUGCGGCACCCCUGGAAGAACUGGCCUACAGACGGUCACUUCGCGUGGCUCUGGAUGUUCUGAGCGAGGGGCCCAUUUGGAGUCAAGAAAGCUCUGCAGGGACAGGCAGAGUCAACCAGCCUCUGCGAGAGAAGCCCACGGAACACGUUUCCUCGCCCUGUGAUUCCAACUUCUCAUCUCUUCCCCGUGGAGAUGUGUUGGGCAGUUCCGGACCUCACAGGGGGAGGCAAUGCGUGCAACAAAGCCUGUCAAGUUCGUUCACUUGUGAAAAGGACCCCGAGUGCAAAGCGGACCACAAGAAGGGGCUCAGGAAAAGUGAAAACCCAAGAGGCCUGUCGGUCCUCUCAGCUGGAGGUGGUGCUCAGGGUGAGAGCGGGUCCAGAAUCCACCGCAAAAAUUGGACUCUUGCAAGUAAGAGGGGAAGAAACUCAGUGCAGAAGUCUAGCUUGUGCCGGAAUGGAUCUUCCCUUUCAGAGGGCGAUGCGGAGAGAGACAUGGGGAGCAAGGGAGGCAGCUGGGCAGCCCCGUCCUCGCCCUCCGGGGUCAGGGAGGACGAUCCCUUUGCCAACGCUGAGGGACGCGACCCCGGUCUGCCGUUGGGCAGCCUCACUGUGCCCCCAGCCCCUGAGCCCUCGGCCUGCUCAGAGCCCGGAGAACGCCCUGCGAAGAAGAGGCUACGUCUGGAUGGCAGCCAGAGGCCCCCUGCCGCGCAGCUGGAGCCCAGGGCAGCAGGAGACGCGCCAUCCCCCGGGCCGGGGCCCAGAGAGUCUAUGACCCUGCGCAGCACCACCAGGCCCGGCCCGCCUCCCUCCCACGCCUCUGUGGAUGAGAGCAGACGUCCUCCUUGCCCGGAUUCCCAGAAGCUGGAGGAAGCCUGCCAGUCUUCCGCAGCGUCCAUGGGGUCUGAUUCCAUGCGUUCUGUCCUGGAGGAAGACGACGAAGACGAGGAGCCACCAAGAGUCCUUUUAUACCAUGAACCACGUUCGUUUGAAGUAGGAAUGCUAGUCUGGCAUAAAUAUAAAAAAUACCCCUUCUGGCCUGCAGUGGUCAAAAGCGUCAGGCAGAGAGAUAAGAAAGCAAGUGUGCUCUACAUCGAAGGAAACAUGAACCCGAAAAAGAAAGGUUUCACAGUGUCUCUUAAAAGUUUAAAGCACUUUGAUUGUAAAGAGAAACAGACACUUCUGAACCAAGCCAGGGAGGACUUCGACCAGGCCAUUGGUUGGUGCGUCUCCCUCAUCACUGACUACAGGGUCCGGUUAGGCUGCGGGUCUUUUGCUGGCUCUUUCCUGGAAUAUUACGCGGCUGAUAUAAGCUCUCCUGUCCGAAAAUCCAUCCAGCAGGACGUCCUGGGGACCAGGUUUCCUCAACUGAGCAAGGGGAGCCCUGAGGAGCCUGUGGUGGGGCGCCCCCUGGGGCAGAGGCAGCCCUGCCGGAAAGUGCUCCCCGACCGCUCGCGGGCCGCCCGGGACCGGGCCAACCAGAAGUUGGUGGAGUACAUCGUGAAGGCCAAGGGCGCGGAGAGCCACCUGCGGGCCAUCCUGAAGAGCAGGAAGCCGUCUCGCUGGCUGCAGACCUUCCUGAGCUCCAGCCAGUACGUGACCUGCGUGGAGACCUACCUGGAGGAUGAAGGGCAGCUGGACCUGGUGGUGAAGUACCUGCAGGGCGUCUACCAGGAGGUGGGCGCCAAGGUGCUCCGGCGCACCAAUGGUGACCGGAUCCGGUUCAUUCUGGACGUGCUUCUGCCCGAGGCUAUCAUCUGUGCGAUCUCUGCAGUGGACGAGGUGGACUACAAGACGGCCGAGGAGAAGUACAUCAAGGGGCCUUCGCUGAGCUACCGGGAAAAAGAAAUAUUUGACAACCAGCUCCUUGAAGAGCGGAAACGGUGCCGUUGGUGAUGGAGCAGCCAGCUGUGCUGUCAGCGGGGCCUGGCGGUGGGAGCACCUCCAGUGUGCAUGAGCGUGUCUGAAGAUGGGGGGCUCAGGCACAUUUGCGUUUGGGCCUGUCUGUGCAUUCUGCAUGGCUGUCCUGAUUUCCGUACUUCUGGAGAACCCAUUUUGUUAACAUUGAAAGCCAGUUCUCUUUCCCUGGCAAUUGUUUUUCAUUUUAUUUUUGGCAUUUUUUUCAAGACACCGUUCUGGAAAGGCUUUUGAAAGGACAGAAGCGUGUUCGCCGUGCGUCAGUACUCGUGACUGUGCUAUGGUUUCUCCCGACGUACACGUUGAUCUUGUCUGUGGCAUCUGUUAUUAAACGGGAGAUUUUAAGCA